ACCGUCGAUCGCCCGAGUCUGCCAAAUAUUGCCAAGGCUGAGUGGUGAUGGUUGCAUUUGCCAGUCCAGACUGUCGGAGUGAAAUACGUACUGUAUGAUACAGCUCCUCGCGAGCAGCGGUGGCCUUCACAGAGGAGCCUCCUGCCGCGUCCGGAAGGCAGUGGGAAAUGAAUCACAGCAGGCGGAGCGGCACAUUGUCUCUUCGGCAUCGUCGUGCCACGACGAGAAUGAAUGGCCCAGGAUGGGCGAACCUGGAAAAUGGUGAUUGUUACUCCGUAUACAAGCAAAUAGUUUCGAGGGAACCCCGAAACGGUACCGUCACGGAGUACUCACAACUGGUACCUGCAUCGCACUGUAUGAGACUCACCUCGAGGGUAACCGGAAUUGCUGAGCCUCGUUUCUGUGCCUGCCACGCGCGUCCGUACGGAGGAGAACACCCUCCCCCCCUCUCCGACGGCACACGUCUCUUCCCCCCCCCCUUCCUCCGGCUUCUCUCAAUUAGGGUCCCUUCUCGCGACCCGCGGGAGAACUUUUGCAGGCUCCCCGAGGGAUGCGCCGGGAGACAUGGAUUCGACUUGCAGGUUGCGGCGGGAUCAAUGGGCGUUUUGCGCGGGAACUGCCAGGCUCAGGCUGAGAGGAAGAGCGAGCUUGCGAGGGCGCGCGGGAGAGCAUGAACAAGCUUUAGAUUAGUCUAGCCGAUCCGUCCAAUCGCAUGGCACGUCCACGCCAAUGCGCAGAUGUGGAGCGAGGGACAGCGACCAGGGCCGCGGGCUUGCGGUUGGAGUGUGCUUCCCCUGUCCCCCUGUCCCGUCCCGCGUUGCUGUGCUAUUUAAAAGUCAGUUAAUUAACCUCCUCUC